AUAUAUCACAUUAUGAUGACAAAUGAGAAGAAAAAAAACUGUUUUAAACUUAAACAGGUUACGUGGGAUAUCAGUGGAGGGCUAGCAAUUUACAAAGCUACCUUACUCCUGCAAAUCUGGCAGAAAGUGCCAAGCCUAAAAUGAUCAUAUGCUGCUAAUUAGUGGGAUAGCAACACAUUUAUAUUCCCUGGUUUAAAAGUAAUACCUCGCAGAGUGAUUAGUAUCCGUCUAUCCGGGGAGGAUACACUAGACUCAGCGCAGCUUUAGAUUUGUAAUGCUGGCUUGAGGAUCAGGACCCCGAGAGUUGUUUUUUUUGAUUGGUCGGGAAUCUGAUGGUGUCCUUUGCUUGCCUGAGAAUUACAUUACACCAGCGGCUUAGGCGAGGAGGGGCGCAGUUUGAGAGAGGCAAUGAGAGAGUGAGUAUCGUAUUCAAGGGACAGGAGAGCGGACACUCACCGAAACGAGUCUGUAACGCGACUGUAUUGCACAUCAGACUGAUACCAUAUACAACAACUCUCCGUCAACCUUUUUUAAAGUGGGAGAAAAAGAAAACGGAACUACAACACUGUCACUUGGGAUGUUGAAUGUACAAGAUUUCACACACGGGUAAUGCGCAAAACAAGACGGAGGUAUUUUUUUAGACAAAAUACAACCGUAUGAAUUUAAUAACACGGGGAUAUGCAAGGAAAACGUUCUGCUAAAAAGCACCGGGGCUGUUGUGGAUAAGCAGAAUAAUUCAGGAGAAUACCUCGUUGAAGUACUUUGGACUUUUAAGAAACAGAGUACAUGGACUUUUCCUGUGUUGUGCAUUUUUUGUGUCCCACAUUGCACUGGAUGUGUACCAAUUUAAAAGGAACCAAUACUGCUACUGGUAGCGCACACUAAAUGAACACGCGUUUAUAAAGAACGGAGUAAGAAAGCUGAAAGCGAGAAAGUGGUUUUGUGGUCGAAAACACUAUAACUAAAAUUAACAACAGCAAGCGCCUAGAUAGAAUACAUUACCUGGGCGCUCGACCGCAGCAAAGGGACUUACAAAGAACGCAUCAUCAGGCAUACAUUGACUUGUUGUGUUAAUACAUUAGUCAGCCGGACACUUUUAGUUUUUUUUCAAUGACAGAUCGAAGAGAAAACAAAGGCGUUUGGAAGUCCUGUGUGUAAUUGCAUGGUGGUGAAACAUCGCUUCUGCUUUCCAUACCUACCCAGUCUGGUGGCGUUAGAUAUGCUCGUAGUUUGAACACUAAGAGCGAUUAACUGUCAGGAAAGUACACACAUGCAAAACAAGGACGCUUGGAGAUUUAUGAGCAUUAUUCGAGUAGAUCGACAACCAUUUGUGAUUUCGGCUUCGACCCAGGUGGAGAUUUAACCGAAAGAAACAGCGGGAUUAACGCGAUAUAACUUUGCAUAUCCAGAACUGGUCGAGUCGCAGUCAGUCCAUUUGGAAACACACCGCAGUGAGAAUGGCCGAUACGAAGUGUUUCUGGAGGUAUUGUCUGGGGGUUUUCAUUGCACUGUGCCGGGUGUCCACGCCUUUAGCAAAAACCUUGGAUUCCAUCUCCUGGAGCUCACAAAACCACAAGUUCCAGCCUGGAAAGGGCCUGGUAAUUUACCCUGAGAUCGGGGACAAGCUAGACAUUAUCUGCCCGAAGGCUGAUGCGGGACGGCCGUAUGAGUUUUACAAGCUGUACCUGGUGAAGAAGGAGCAGGCAGAGUCCUGCAGCACAGUCAUGGACCCCAAUGUGCUGGUUACGUGCAACAAACCCGAGCAAGACAUCAAAUUCACCAUCAAGUUCCAGGAGUUCAGCCCCAACUAUAUGGGCCUGGAGUUCCAGAGGAAUAGAAACUAUUACAUCACCUCUACAUCCAAUGGGACAGCAGAAGGACUGGAGAACAGAGAAGGCGGAGUCUGCAACACUCGCUCCAUGAAGAUUAUCAUGAAAGUUGGGCAAGAUCCAAACACAGUGGUACCAGAACCGCCAGUAACAGUAAAACCCAUUAAAGAGAUGGACAACUCGAUAAAGGCUAUCACCACAAGCCCAGCCAGGAAAAACAGGCUGGAUGAAGAUCAAGGCAGUGAAGGUACAAACAACCAGUAUGGGGAAAACAAGACCCCUCCUGGGGAUGGGAUCUUUGGCUCCAGGCCAGCUCUUUUCACUGCCAUUGGAGCGGGCUGUGUCAUCUUCCUCCUGAUCAUCAUCUUCCUGGUCAUCCUCCUGAUAAAGAUCAAGAAACGGCACAGGAAGCACACCCAGCAGCGGUCAGCAGCCCUGUCCCUCAGCACACUGGCCAGCCCCAAGAUCACAGGCAACGCUGGCUCUGAGCCCAGUGACAUUAUCAUCCCCUUACGGACUACAGAAAAUAACUACUGCCCGCAUUAUGAGAAGGUCAGUGGAGACUAUGGCCACCCGGUCUAUAUAGUCCAGGAGAUGCCACCGCAGAGCCCCGCCAACAUCUACUACAAAGUGUGAAGACCUGGGAAACAGUAAGACGAAAGAACCGAAGACAAGGAUUUAGGACAUUUUGCUUUAGAGAAUUCGUGCCUACAUUUUACUACCUAGACCUUCUGUUGUCGGUAUAGAGACUUUUUUUAAUAUGGUGUUUAAAACAGUGACACAAGGAAACAAAACAAGAACAAAAGAACAAGGGAUGACGGAGAAGGUCUUAAUGGAGACUGUAGUCACGAUAAUUUCCUCUGUAGGCCAAAGGCAGGUUAUGUGGGCCUUUUCUCAUCUUCUGUUCCUCUUGUUUCUCACUGUCCCUUUGGAUAUACAGUAUAGAGCCACAUAUCCUCUUUAUUCGGCUGUUUUACCCUCGGAAAUGAAAGAGGCAGGAUCAUAAAACAACUAGGCCUUGAUACUGAGAAGCCUUUAUUCUUGCUCCUAAACAUACGAGAGAGAACAAGAUACCUGAAAAACCUGAAACAGUGGGUUAUCUGUCGUGCAAGGACUUCGUAACUGACUUGAAGCCUUCUCAGAGCGCAUGAUGUUUACCUUGUUUAUAAUCAUCAUUAUUAUUUUUUUGCCACCUGAUUCUCAUUUAUAAGCUGAUCAGGCUUUCCUUUUAGUUUUGUUUCAGCUCUGGUAUAAAAUAUAUAUUGUUAAGUUUAUUUUUUCACGUCUCAGAAAAAAACACCAGUCAGCCAGCUGCAAUAUGACAUAUAGUGACUGUGGAUCUGGUCUUCCUUCCAAAUGGCUGGCCUGAUCCUGUAUGUAGACAGCUGUGAAAUGUCAUGGGAAUUCUGAAACAUGUGUUAGGAGAAUCUCAGAAAAUACCAUGAUUUUCAAAAAAAUUUAAAUCUGCAAUGGUUUCUUGGUGGUUCUUUUUUUGAAAUGGAAGCAUUGUGGCCAUGUAGCUUAUGAAAGAAAAAAGCUAAGUUUCUAGUAAAGGUGGACAAAACACACAGUGCUUUUGAGCUAUGUUGUACUAUGUAAGGCAAAAUAGAACGUUACAAUGAAAUGAGAAUUAGACAGCAGGGGAACUGUAUUGUAUAUCUCACUUGAGUUAUAUGUUGAGCAGUUCUGUAUGUUAAUUACUCCGUUUUAUCACAUAGGUAGCCAGAUAAGGAAGCUGUUUUGUACUCGGUUGCCUCCAUGAAUAAAGUGACGGUUGUUCAAGCAUUA